CACAAGGUACUCUAGCAUUGUUGGAACUAUGUAUUUACCUAUCAUAGACUCAAUGAUAUUAAUAAAAAUGUUCGUACUUGUUGGAGUUUCCUCUUCGACUUUAAAACAAAACCUUUUUAUGCCAAACUUGCCUUUGGGUGAAUAUCGCAUUUUUGUUGAAAAAUUUUAUCGUUGUGAAUCCACAAGAAAUCAUACGUUACAAUUUAAUUGUUAUUUAAGCAAAAGAACAUUAAAUAUAACUGAAUUAAAAGGGAAUUUUACAUUAUUGGUACCAUUUGAUGAUACGGUUAUACUUGAUAUAAACUUUGCGUCUUGGAGUCUAAGUGGUGGUUGGAAACCCAAUGCAAUAGUUUACAAAACAAGAAAAGCAUGUACCCAUUUUAAAAACGUUUUAGGAAAAACAUGGAAUUCUGUAAUCAAAGAUUUUAAUAUACCAACGUCUAGCUGCCCAAUACCAGUGGGCACAUAUAUUUCAUCAGGCUUGGAUUUGAGGAAACUAGAAGAGCAUAACUUUCCCAAAGUAUAUUUUUAUGGAAAAUAUAAAAUGACGAUUUCAUUUAAAAAUGAAAAUAAUAAACUACUUGGCUGUGCGAUACUAGAGUUGAGUCUAAUACGGCCGUGGGAAAAACCAAUUUAA